AGGCUACGCGGCGCCACCCAAAGACUCGGACGCCUUGACGACCUUGUGGGCCCUUGUCAUUGUGACCCAUUUGCGACGACGACGAUUGGCUGCUCACGCAUUUUGGCAAACCACCAUGGUCGAGAAUAAAACGUCAGCUGCUCGCAGACAGCGUGGGUGCUCUCUCUCGUCUUCUUCUUCCCCUCCAGCGCGUCCGUAUCGGCGAAGCUUCGUGGCUAUCUCUCUGCGUGGGGGUCCCUUUAAGAAGUCGCUUGCUGCAGGACAGCAGAGCCUGAGUUUGCGCCAAGGAUGUCGUUCGUUGCUUUCCUCCUCGCGGCCCUCGCAUGUGGCGCGCCGCUUGUGCCAGCCGCGCCUCUCGACCUCGACGUGCCAGCCGCGCCCGCAAGCGAGCAGUGGCUACUGUCGAGCUGCUACCCUGCUCUGGACUUCCAGAAGCCGGUCAUCAUGCCCGAGAACAACACGCACUGGUGGUGCGACAUGAGCACCGAGUACGCAUUCGUGGGCUUCAGCUACGAAGUGACGGACUGCCAAAGCCGUGAGCAGUUGAACAAGGAGUUCGCCGAUAUACGGCAUCACUUCAACAGUCGCUAUGUCCGGCUCUAUGGCGCAUGCGACAAUGAGGGCUUCUACGACGACAUCGUGGAUGCCGCCUGGAACAACAACCUCGGCGUGCACGCACUCAUCUGGUUCGGCUUCAACGGGGACGACGUCUGGAUGACGCGACGCGACACGCUCUUCGCGUCGCUGCACGCGAACCCGCUCGCCAAGUUCGUCACGCGCGGCGUGCAGUUCGGCUCGGAGCCGCUCUACGACAACGUGCUGCCGCACCAGGAGCUCGCGCAGCAGGUCAUCCUCGCGAAGCAGAACCUCUCGAGCCUCAACAUCCCCGUCACCGUCUCCGAGCUCGCGUACGGCUACCAGGAGCGCGGGGGCGCGCAGGACGUGCUCGACGCGAUCGACUUCAUCAACAUCCACAUGCUGCCGUUCUUUGACCAGACCGCGUCGAUCGCCAACGAUUCGUGGCCAUUGGUCACCAACGAUCUCGACUGGUUCAUUGAGCACGGCGAUGGCAAGAAGAUGUACCUCGACGAGAACGGCUGGCCCAACGUCACGUCUCCGAGCGUGCAGCCGAACAGCCCAGACGCGGUAGCGAAUACCCAGAACGAACACGACUACUUUGUCCUGCUGGACAAGCACUGCGAGGACUUCAAGACAGCUCCGGGCGGUGGAGUUGGUUGGUUCGCGCAUAUCUACUCCGAUUACAUGGAACCGGGCUAUGGCAUCUACGACGUCAACUUGAAGAUGAAGAUCUCGUUCGCACCCAGGACGCACUGCUGAGAUCUUGGCCUGUCAUCGACCGACGAUCCUUACGAACUUACGAAUUUCUGUAUCAGAUCUCUACACUUUUUUACCACGCUUGUAGCCUUACGCCAAUGUACGAGUUGCUGGAUCCUGACUGUCUGAGAGCAUGAGUGACAACAACAUUAACAUCGCUGAUUGAUAACUUGAACGUUAACUAGUCAUAAGGGGAGGUCAAUCGUCUUCUCCAGUGGUAUAAGAGUGGAGGUCCGAUGGCCGAUAUAAAUACGUGUCCGAUUAUAGGCCGUAGUCCGACGCGUAUCUGUUCAGUUGCAGAGAGCAAGGGUCGAUUAAGCAAAGACGGCGAAGGUUGACGAGAGCAGAACGAGAGCAAGGGCACCAGCACCGACGUUGGCCCGCGCCGCGCCAUUGGGCUUAUCAUCGUCCGAAGUCGAGUUCGAGCUACUAGUCGUGCCGAACACCUUGACAUCGGAGGGAGCCUGUCCGUUGGUGAAGUUGGUGCCACAGAGGUUCUGCACGUUGGCCUGGGCGCUCGAGUUGAUGACCGCCGGGAAGUUCUGCGUGGCGAUGUUGAACCACUGCUUUUGGCAGUCCGAGCACUCGACGCUCGCCGGCAGCGGUGGCACACUGGCGGCGACGACCGCGCCGACGAACUUUUCGCAGAAAGUUUGAAAAACGACAGCAUGACUAUAGGAGAAAACAGGGACGACGGUGGUGGUUGAGCGUGAAGCGUGAAGUCGUGGUGUGUGCGGAAAUCAAGCGAGCUCGCAGCCUGUGCGGAUCGUGGAAGCGGUGUGAAGCGUAUGAGACAAAACUGUGAGAAGCGUGUACGAGACGAGGGCAAGCGAGACCGUCGGGCGCUUAUAGAAUUUACUGCCUCGAGCUGCCUCGGCGUCCGCAAAGGCAAUCAGGUCCCACACCGCGCCCAUGGCGACCUGCGAAUUCCUCUAGCCUGACGACCAUCCUCAACAAGUGCCAUACACAAACCUGUGCCAUUGCUGAUCGCUUUGUUCGACGAACAACAGCGAACAACGCCCGUAACAAAUCCCUUUGUCCCCUCCAACGCCAUUGGUCACGCUCAGCCGGCAACCACCGGAUGUCCGCAAAUGGCAUCUGCUGUGGAACGAAGAUCUGAGGUCUCGAGGCGUCGAGGACCCGCGGGCUGAUCAUCGAUGAGAACGGCCGGCUAUGUUGGCAAAAGCUACCGCUCCAAAUCAUAGGACGGCAUAGCACUGCAGA